GAGGCGGAAGCGGCGCGGGGCGAUCGCGGCGGGGCCGGGCCGGGGCCGCGGGGCCAUGACCGAGUACAAGCUGGUCGUGGUGGGCGCGGGCGGCGUCGGCAAGAGCGCGCUGACCAUCCAGCUCAUCCAGAACCACUUCGUGGACGAGUACGACCCCACCAUCGAGGACUCGUACCGUAAGCAGGUGGUGAUCGACGGCGAGACGUGUCUGCUGGACAUCCUGGACACGGCGGGGCAGGAGGAGUACAGUGCCAUGAGGGACCAGUACAUGAGGACUGGGGAGGGAUUCCUCUGUGUCUUUGCCAUCAACAACAGCAAAUCCUUCGCUGAUAUCAACCUUUACAGAGAACAGAUCAAGAGAGUGAAAGACUCGGAUGACGUGCCCAUGGUGCUUGUUGGGAACAAGUGUGACCUGCCCACGAGAACAGUAGACACAAAACAGGCUCAAGAAUUAGCAAAAAGCUACGGAAUCCCCUUCAUAGAGACCUCUGCAAAAACGAGACAGGGCGUGGAAGAUGCUUUUUACACACUGGUGAGGGAGAUCCGGCAGUACCGGAUGAAGAAGCUCAACAGCAGCGAGGAUGGGAACCAAGGCUGCAUGGGAUUGUCCUGUGUUGUGAUGUGAAAAGAUGCCAGGAAAAUGUGGUUCAGGUGCAGCUGCUGGACGAGUCUGGAUACUCCUGUGCUGCAUCUCAUGCUGAUGCCCUGCAGUGUUUUGGUGCCAGUGGCAGACUCUGGGCACCAGUUAAUUAGCACAAGGUCCUUUUCCGUGCUCCAUCUGAAGAGAACAUCCGUGGCAUCUACCUCCCUGCUCAGCUCCCAGAGCAGCAGCAUCUCUGGAUGUACUGGGAUUCUUUUCUCACUGUGUUACCUGGGUUUGUCCAAGAAGAAAACCAGUCACAAAAGUGAACUAUAGAGACUAAAUGCUGUGAAAAAGAUGACACUUUACCUCUAGAAGUGCUGUGUGUCCCCUGUCUGUUGGAUUCUGUGCAGUGCUGUCAGAGGAGUGGCACAGAGUGAUGUCACCCGUGGUGGUGUCACCAGGAAUGCCCCUGUCCCCUGUCAGAUAGGUGUCUGCUCUCUGGGCAGCAAAGUGCAACAUCUCCAUUGUGCCAGGAGUGCCACCUGCCUGAUCCCUGAUUUCUGUAAUAAAACCUUUCCUAAUUAAGUGCCUGUUUGCUAAGAAGAUUAGAAGUUGUCCCUUGGGUUGAGGAAAACCCCAAGGACUGGAAUUUCUUGGGAGCUCAUUGUCUUAAGCAGGCAAAUGUGGUGUGGGUGAUCUGUGCCUGACAGGACACUGCAGCAGGAAUUUGUAGGCUGGGAGGUCCAGCAGGCACUUGUGAGACUCUUGAACAAGGCAGGGGACACACUGCACCUGUGUUUUACUUUCUUUGUGGGUGGAACAGUUUAUACUCUGUAUUGUUUUCCUGCAGCAUUCAGAUCUCUUCCAAGCUGGACCAAAUCAUUCGGCUGCUCGUUUUUAACAUGAACUGCCAACACUUCUGGGCAGCUUCUCACUAGUUAAUCUGGUAACUGGAGCUUAAUUUGGACAGCUGUUCCUCAGCUCUCUGUGUAACUUGCAAAUUGUUUUAUUUUGAAUUAUUUUCUUACCACCAGACUGUAAAGAGUCUCUUCAAAAUGUCUCUAGACUGUGAAAUGUAGUUGGAGAGUUUCCUUGUCAGGGGGUUUUGGGUUGACUGUCACAGACUGUGGCUGCUCCAUCCCUGGGAGUGUCCAAGGCCAGGUUGGACAGAGCUUGGAACAACCUGGUCUGGUGGAAGGUGUCCCUGCCCAUGGCAGGGCAUGGAAUGAGAUGAUCUUUAAGGUCCCUUCCCACCCAAACCAUCCUGGGAUUCUGUGACAGAGAGGAGAAGGCAGUGAGCUGCCACAGAGAUCUGAGCCAGCUUCUGAUUGCAGCAUCCUUGCAAAAUGAGGAAGGAAAUGAGUUCAGUGAUGACUUCACAGAAGGUGUGGGACAGACUGAUGGGAAUUCUGGGCCUGCUCUAACUCACAGCCCCCGAGUACGAGGGCAGAGCUGCGUGAGCUCUGCGAGUUCUUCCCCCGUAACCGGGUGUCCGAGGGUGGUCACUGCUGCCAGACCUGCCAGUGUUCCUUGGAAUGCUCUGUCCUUCCCUAGUUCUUGUGCUGCUGGUGCUGGAUUCAGUUCCGUGGGGUCAGGCAGUGUAUCCCCCAGCACAGCUGAAUUCCCAGUCCCUCUGAUGGAGGAGGAAGGAGCCUUCAGCCAACAGAGGGAGCGUUCGGUCAGUGCCGGCCCAGCGGGAGCAGGGAAAUUGUGAGAGGCUUCAUUUCAGUUUGUUGGUGUCAGUCACAUCUUCAUUUGGAGUUCUCAGUUUCAAGUGGAAAUUAGGAAUCAGUAAACAGAGAGAGAAGAAUUUUUCCCUCUUAAUGUUGCUUCCUUCACUGCAUUUUAAUUCUCUUCUUAGAAUGAAGAGGAUCAAUCUGCCUCACGUUUUCUUUAUCUCUGAUAAUCCUUAUGAGUACUUUUUGCAAUUUAUUUGACUUAUGUGACGCUGAUAAGAAUUAAACCCACGAUAUUUUUGCAGAAAACAUUAUUUUCCAGCAACGUGCACACAGGGUGGGAGAAUUGUGGAUACCAUUGACUGUGGCUCGAGUUGAAUUUGUUUGAAGAUGUUUCCCAGGGAAGCUGUGGCUGCCCCAUCCCUGGAAGUGUUCAAAGCCAGGUUGGAGCUACCUGAGCUAGUGGAAGGUGUCCCUGCCUGUGGCAGGGGGUGGAACUGGAUGAGCUUUAAGGUCCUUUCCAACCCAAACCAUUCCAUGACUGGUCUCAUGCUGCAGGUUAAACGUGGCAGAACUGCCAUCAGUGCAGGCUCUCAGGGCCGAGAAGGUUUUGUCAAGAAAAGGUUUUUUGUGAAAGCAUUCCGUGUGGCAGGAGCUGACUGUCUGCUUCCAAAGGGAGGAUGUGUGACACACUGUUGUCCAGUUAAUAAAAUUACCCCUGGAAAAUGAUGAUUUUGGGAUACCCAGCUGGUCACGUGGAGGCAGCACUUGGGAAAGAGCAAUGAGGAGUUUGCAAGAAGUUUGAAGGGUGAGAUCCUGUCAUCCAGGUCCUGUCUGGGUUUUGAUUGUUUGGGAAAUGUAGAAAGCAGGAUUGUACAGAGCAGGGCUGCCUGUGGCCACGGGAAGCCUUUGGCAGGGAGCCUUUGAUGUUUGAAGUCUGUUUGGUCAGGUAUGGAAGAGGAUUCCUUUUGGAUGGAGGUUCAUCAUGACAAUGCUCCACAUUGCACAGCCCGUUCUGGUCGUCAUUAAAAUGUACCAGCUGUAACUCCAAAAGCAGGGAAUUCUCAGAAAUGUGUGGGAACUGACUGGCAAAUGCAUCUGCUUUCUCUUUGCUGUUCCCUUUCUCCUGGGCUCAAUAAAAGGGAAGAAGCCCUGGUAAGGAUAGGUCUGCAUUUAUGUCACCUUUGGAACCUUCACAAGGGGCUGUAUCAGGUUUUAGGAUGCUGCAGAGCUGACCUACACAGGUGGUUUAGCUCCAAAUCCAGCAGAUACUACAAAAUCAGGGUGUUGCACUAGUCAGGAGUGUGAAGUAAAUGGUUGUUCUUCAUUUCCAGCUUUUUGUAGAGAACCCUGGGUUUGGUGUCCACAGAGAGCCCUGGGUUUGGUGACAGCUGAGAACUGUGGAAGGACAAAAACCCCAGGAACUUUUGGGGAAAUUAUUUAGAAGAUAAGCACAGGAGGUUUUGCACAAGACAGUCCCUGGAAAAGGUGGUUUGGUAGAUUUACUCUUAAUGUUAUUUACAACUAACAGCACAACACCAUCUUAGUGCCAAGCUGAUUUUACUGUCCUGACUGGGAAGAAAAACAACUUAGAGGCAAAAUACUGGAAAAGGGUAAAGCUCUUGUUCAAAAAUUGCAAGUGCCAAUAACUGUAAUAAACAUUUCUGUUGCUGUGGCUGAGAACAGGAACCAGUGUAACUCUGUGGUAGUUCCUCUUUUUGUCCCCACUCCGUGGUCUUGUUCAAACAACUGCUCAGAUUUAGUUCUUGUCCUUGGUAGGACUUUGGGUAUUAACCAGGAUGUUCAAGGUGUUAUAAUUUUUAGCACAGCUCAGUGACUUAGAAUUGGAUUUCAAGCAACCUCAGGCCCGUGGAGGAAGGAGAGCAGUGGAAGAUGAAUCACAUUCUGACCUGCGUGUUCUCCUUUACACCCCAAACCUUGAGUGUCUGCCUGGGAUUAACCUCCAGGAUCGUUGGGAACUGUUGGGAUCUGGACUUUUAACCCAAGGGCUAAUUUGUUGUUACUUUGUUUAAUUAUUUGCUUUCAGUAAUGCAUCUCUUUUGGUUUGAAUUGAAGUAAAUUAUUUUGCUUCUUAAAUAA